ACUGCACCUUCUGCAUUCUAUCUACCUUUCAGUAUGAGUGGCGGCGGUGUCGACAUCAUGGAUAGGUUUUGGAGUGCACCACCUGUCAGUCGGACAAUUGUGGCAGCCAUGUUUGUAGAAUCCGCUCUCGUCCACAGCGGCCUCAUCAGUGGCAUGCGCGUAGUCUACUAUACACCAUGGAUCUUCAAAUUCCCUCCGGAGCUAUGGCGGCUACUCUCGUCGUUUAUCCUGACUGGGGGAGGAUUCUCGUUUGUCUUUGACCUGUAUUUCAUGUUUACAUACGCUUCGGGUUUGGAGCUCAAUUCGCCACGCUUCAGCCAACCGGGCGACUUCUUCACUUAUGUCGCCUUUGUAGCUACUAUCAUUUUGGUCGUUGGAGGCUUGAUUCUUGGAUCCAUGAUUUUCACCCAAGCUCUUCUCCUCGCAUUCAUUUACACUUUCGCCCAAGACAACCGUGGCAAGAAGGCCCAUUUCAUCAUCCUCCAAAUCCCCGUCGAGCUGCUUCCAUGGGCGAUGCUUACCCUCACUCUGAUCAUGGGAGGGCCCACAGCAGCACUGCAGCAAGCAGUCGGUGUCCUUGCAGCACAUCUGUACGAUUUCCUUACUAGACUGUAUCCGACCUUUCAAGGCGGCAGAAACUACGUCCAAACUCCCGCAGCCAUCAAACGAUACUUUGGCGCUGAUCGAAGUGCUUUCAGUCACAAAGGCUACGGCACCAGCUUCAGACCAGGCCAAGAUGUGCCUCAACCACAAAGCAGAGGGUGGACUAGUGGGUUUUCCAAUGGUUGGAGUGGCAGAGGCGCUGGCCGAAGAUUAGGUGGUGAAUGAGACUCGAACCUGGAAAUGAACUGUGACAACAUGUACAACAGCCUUAUUAACGAAUGACGAGAGAUACCCAAUUGAGCGAUAUUAUCCCCUUUCAAGGAUCACGACUCCUUUUCUGUUUUCUUCAUAUCACCUGCCUUGGACAGUCUGCUGGCGAUGACGACGACUUCAAGAUUUUCUACGCGUGCCAAGGCCGGUGCCUCAACCUGCAACAUUCGCAGCCUCAAGACCCCUGUUUGUGGUGAAUCCACAGCCUCGCCGAACCCACCCGUUUCACUCACGUCUCGUCUCACGGUUCGACUUUCCCGGCCAAUCCUUUCCCAACACAUCGACUGUGACGACCGCACCCAUGCAUAGCCUGCCACAUCACAUGCAGCAUCAAUCGACAUGGCCAGGGUAAAGUCGUCUCGAAGCAUCCUGGAAGCUACGUCCAUCCAAGUCUUGACCAUGCUUCGCGUUAUUUUUGCGGAGCUUAUCGAAGCCAGCCUACCAUAGUACACCAUACUACGGAGUACGGUAUUCGUACCAUAGUACUCUCCUUUCCCCAGUCUGUCUGCCGUGUGCUAACGGCGCGCUGUGGACAUUCUGAUCGUCUAUUGCGUCCAAACGUGACAGCGCCGCCGAGCCUCAUUAGUCC